AUGACUACUGUUUACGAUAUACUCUUCUUCUUUCCCAACUAUCUCAUCAUCAAACCAGGAUUGUUUUGUUGGACAGUGAUUACAUAUCCCUUUACAGUAAUAGCACAACAAUUGGGCUUAGUCGCAAAGACAAAGAAAAUAAAAACCAACAAGCAGGAACAACAACAACAAGAACUACUAGAGGAAGACCCACUAGUAACACGAGAGAUCCCGGCAAAACAACCCACACCACCGUCCGAUACCGAGGACUAUGACGAGCAAACUGAAUUUUUAAAGCAACAAACCAUAAUAGCCAACACAAUCAAAUCUCCCACAUCCACAUCAAAAUAUCUCAUUCCACCACCACAACGACUUUACCCACUUUCAAGAAACCCUGAACGUCGCAGACGGAAAAAGAUUCUUAUUCUUGAUUUAGACGAAACCUUAAUUCACUCCCUUUCCAAGGGAUCACCAAGAUCCUUCACAUCAUCCCAUUCCAAAAUGAUUGAAAUAACUCUAAACAACAUCAGCUCAUUAUAUUAUGUUCAUAAACGACCUUAUUGUGAUUAUUUUCUUCAGGAAAUUUCCAAAUGGUUUGAAUUACAAAUCUUUACUGCCAGUGUUAAAGAAUAUGCUGAUCCCAUAAUCAAUUGGCUCGAAUCAGACUUAAUUGAUUCUCGCAAGCAAAAGCACAAAUAUACCAGUGCAGAAGACAUGCCUUUCCUGCCAAAAGUAUUUACCAAGCGAUACUAUAGAAAUGACUGUACUUAUCGCCCAGGUGUGGGGUACAUUAAAGAUCUUUCCAAAUUCAUAAAAGACGAAGAGUUGAAAAAUGUCUUGAUUUUAGAUAAUUCGCCUAUAAGUUAUUCAUUGCAUGAACAAAAUGCCGUCACUAUAGAAGGAUGGGUUAAUGAUCAAACUGACAGAGACUUGUUAAACUUGUUGCCCAUGUUGCAUAGUUUAAGUCUUUGUAUCGAUGUAAGGUUUAUUUUAGGAUUAAAAUCGGGAGAAAAGUUAUUUGAAAUGUAA